AUGUGCUGCCAGAUCAUUGAAAGAUACGCGGGUUGUCGCUGCCUCUACCACAAGCACUCUCUUGAUCACUGUCAGCGAUAUGGAGCAAAAGGUCAUCCUACCACCGAAAAGACGAUCUUAGUGGCAUUCAACUGCCCGGACCACUGGGCGAGAAUUGUUCAAGACCCAGUCAAUAACCCAGCUGCCCUUGACACGCCGCAGAACUUCCAGGCAAAAUUGCACAACAGUGGGACACAAACCACGAAUACUUCCUCAUCGACGACUCAGACCGACGCUAAUAUAGCUACCGUCGUCAAUCUAUUACCUACUACAAGAGCUCCUCAGAUCAACAAUGUCGACGAUAAGCAGGAUCUUCCUCGCCCAUACAGAUGCCCCUUAUGCGAUCAAGCCUUCCACCGUCUGGAACAUCAAGCAAGACACAUUCGCACUCAUACAGGAGAAAAGCCACAUAUGUGCCAGUUCCUUGGCUGUAGUAAGCGCUUCAGCAGAUCCGACGAGCUGAUCCGACACUCGCGCAUUCACAAAAACCCGAUCUCGCAUCUGACCACCAAAAAGACUGUUAUGCUUCCCGAAAUGACGCGCCAACAGAACGAAAUUGUCAUGAACGCCGAUGGAGGCACCAAUCCCGAGCCCGUGGCUCCAAUAUCGCCAUUUCAGUCUCCUCGGCUUGAGCAAUUCCCAGCGUUUCUCGUCGACCACCGGAGUCGAGCAGAAAAUGCGGAGCAUGCGCAUUAUACGCAAUGGUUAUCAACUCCGGACCAAGUAUCUCAGAAGUACGACCAUGUUUCCCCGUUCAUCUUCUAA